AUAAAUAUUGAAACCCAUCCUUUCCCUCUCUCUUUCUUCAGAGAGAACCCUAGCCCUCUCCCUCUGUCUGUGCCUCUGUAACCGUGAAAAUCUAAGCUUUUGACCUUUUACAUCAUCGUAUCGUACGGUUCUCUGCGAGUUUGGUACUUCAAGUUAUACACCUGAUCGAAUACUCUGCGUUUUUUCUACUGGUAAUCAUAAAACCACUGUAAUUUGGAAACCCAGUGCUCGAUGGCGGAGACGACGACGACUACUACUACUCUCUCCUGCGCUCGAUGUGGCAACCCUGCGCAUCUUCAGUGUCCCAAGUGCAUGGAAUUAAAGCUUCCUCGUGAAGGUGCUUCUUUCUGCACUCAGGAUUGUUUCAAGGCUUCUUGGAGCUCUCAUAAAUCAGUGCAUUUGAAGGCAAAGCUGUCCUCACUUGGGACAGGUACUCCGCAUGAACAAAAUUCAGACUUACUUAAUGAAGGUUGGCUAUAUUGCUUGAAGAAAGGACAGGCUCGAACACCAAAACUUCCCCAUUUUGAUUGGACUGGGACACUAAGGCCAUAUCCAAUAGCUGGUAGACGUGCUGUACCAGCCCAUAUUGAGCAUCCUGACUGGGCAGUUGAUGGUAUCCCAAAAAUUGAGCCCAAUAGUGAUCUGCAGCAUGUCGUUGAGAUCAAAACCGUGGACCAAAUUGAGAGAAUGAGAGAGACUUGCAAAAUUGCAAGGGAAGUUCUAGAUGCAGCUGCUCAUGUAAUUCGACCUGGCGUGACAACUGAUGAGAUCGAUCGGGUGGUUCAUGAUGCAACUAUUGCAGCUGGAGGAUAUCCAUCUCCUCUCAAUUAUCAUUUCUUCCCCAAGUCUUGCUGCACGUCAGUUAAUGAAGUAAUUUGCCAUGGAAUUCCAGAUGCUAGGACAUUAGAGGAUGGUGAUAUUGUUAAUGUGGAUGUGACUGUGUACUACAAAGGUGUUCAUGGUGAUCUCAAUGAAACGUACUUUGUGGGUAAUGUUGAUGAAGAGUCUCAACGGCUGGUCCGGUGUACAUAUGAGUGCUUGGAGAAAGCAAUAUCUAUUGUGAAACCUGGAGUUCGAUUCCGCGAAAUUGGGGAGGUCAUUAAUCGUCAUGCUUCAAUGUCGGGGCUUUCUGUGGUAAAAUCAUAUUGUGGUCAUGGUAUUGGAGAGCUCUUUCAUUGUGCACCCAAUAUUCCACACUAUGGACGAAAUAAAGCCGUUGGUGUGAUGAAGGCUGGACAAACCUUUACAAUUGAACCAAUGAUCAACGCUGGGGUUUGGCGUGAUCGGAUGUGGCCUGAUGGAUGGACUGCUGUCACUGCUGAUGGCAAACGCAGUGCUCAGUUUGAGCACACCCUUUUGGUGACAGAGACCGGAGUCGAGGUUCUAACAGCGCGAUUGCCUUCCUCCCCUCGUGUGUUUCCUUGGCUAAAUGCAUAACAUCGGUGAUUGUCUGUGGUGAAGCCAGAUAGUGGAUACAAUACAAGCGAAUCAUCUCCCAAUGACACCAUCCCUAAACUAUCGCAAAUCAUUGAGGACAUAUUACUUUUUACUUUUUCGCUAGUGAUGUUUGCGACUGACUGCAUAAAUACCUUAAAUUGAUGCGAAAGGUGCAGAAGUGUGCUUUGGUGUUUCA